GAACAACGAUAAUUAGGUAACUAAUUACGUGCUGCACCGGUGCGGUUACAAAGUCCUCUUGUAAUUAUGGCUGAGCCUUUGCGACCUUUUGUCUAUUGGGGACAAAAGAACGAUCAUGUUUCCUUGAAAGUGGAUUUGAGGGACGUUUGUGAUGAAACUAUAGAAAUCACCGAGGAUUCGGUCAGUUUUAAUGCUAUCGGUCAAGGGGUCCGUGGUGAAAAUGUUUACUGCUUCAAUAUUGAUUUCUACCUACCUGUGGAGUCCGAGAAAAGUUUCUAUCGGAUCAGUGACCGUGCUGUUGAAUUUCGUUUCCAAAAAAGAGGGAUCGGUGAAGUUUGGCCUCGUCUAACAUACAAAUCAGAAAAACAGCAAUGGUUAAAGAUUGAUUUUGAUAAAUUUGCUCUUGAGGAAGAUUCCGAUGAUAAACCAGAAUAUGAGCCCUCCAAAACAUCAAUAAUGAAGAAACUUGAAAGUGAUCUUAAACAAGUUGAAGUUAAAUCUUCAAUCAACUUCAAUUACCUGUUCCUGUAUAAUUUAUUCCAAUUCAUGGGCUAUUCUUAUAUCUGUGGCAUCAUGCAGUACCAUUAUUACAGAUAUGGAGAAGAUUCCAAACUGGAUAUUUAUGAAACUUUAGGCAGUCAAUUAAUAACGGUUCAGAUCAUUAGCUGCUUAGAGAUUCUUCAUCCUCUGCUUGGAAUUGUGCGUUCCAGUGUGAUUGCUUCAUUUUUUCAGGUUAUGGGAAGAAACUUCAUCCUGCUGUUAGUCGCUUGCAAUAGUCAUUUGCAACAGGUUCCAUCAUUUUGGUAUUUGGUCCUUGUAUGGAGUUUUGCAGAAGUGAUAAGGUACCCUUACUAUAUGUUGCAGUCAAUUAAGCGUGAAGCGACCCUCAUCACUUGGUUACGGUAUUCAGCUUGGAUUGUGCUCUACCCAUUAGGACUAUUUCUAGAAGGAACUAUAGUAUUAGCUGGAGCACCCAUGUAUGAAAUUUCUGGCAAAUUUACUUUGACGCUGCCAAAUAAUUUAAAUUUUUCAUUUUACUUUCCGUGGUUUCUAAGAGUCUACUUAUUUUCAUUGAUUCCAGCUACCUACAUGUUGCUCAACCAUAUGUACAAACUGCGCAAGAGCAAACUAGCAACAUUUUCCAUUGGCUUCAAAAAGAAGAAAUAGUUUCCCCCCUUUUAUCGAUAAUUCUAAAUCUUUAAAAAGAGGAAGUAAUUGUAAAACCUCUUGGUGAAAUCACAACAUAUCCCUUGAUUAAUGAUGCAUAGAAAAUGAUCGCUGUUCAUGAAAAUUAUUUAUCAGUCAAACAGAUAUAGCUGCAGAUGACGUUUUUAAAAGAAAAUGAAAAGAUUCAAUAUGUGCUAAUUAAGAAAAUUUUUUAAAAUUUAUGACCGAAGGGCAAUGUGAAUGAUUUUGAUUUUAGUAUUGUCGGUUAUGUUGAUAAAACAACUGUUGUUUUUUGCAUUUGUAAUGUGAAGAAAAAUCCUUUUUUUAUACUUAAGAUUAUAUUUGAUAAAAAGCUAGUCACUUUAUACUGUUUUAAAAGCUUUAAUUACUGUAGUUGGCAACAUCUACCGUUAAAUGAUUUUUUUUUCUUUUGCCAGAAUGUGCAGACCACCAUUUUUAACCAUUCCAGCUGCUAAGAUUUGUUCUGUCUUAUUCAUUAACCAUUGCCCCUAAAAGAAACCACAUUUGCUGUGGCUUUCUUUUUUAGCAAUUUCAGUUUGGAAAUGAAAUAAUUAUAUAAAAAAACAAUCUUCUAAGUUCACCAAAAUUACUGUAAUUUGACUAAUUUAAUUCUCCAUUUUCUUGCCACUAUGUCUCUAAGUCCAAAUAACAUUUUCCUUAACGACAGUGUCUUGUCUACAGAUAAAGUGCAUUUUUUUUUUCUUUCGGUUCGUUAACAUUUCAUCAACCCAAAUGCCAAGAUCAAUCAUUAACGGAAAGCUGCUGCUUUGUUAAUCUGUUCAAACAUUUUUUUAAAUGGAAACAUUGACAUAAACCCACAAAUGGUUUGAUGAUAGAAAAGGCUAAUCUUUAACUUAUUCUAAAAUUUACUAUUUAUUAUGAUGAGGUGCCGAAACAAUUGAAAUUUUCCAAAUGCAUUAUUAUCAUUGACAUUGUAAAAAUUCAUUUUUAUUUUAUACGUAUUUUCUCAUGUUAUUGGUAGAAUAGUUAGAAAUUCCAUUCUGCUCUGAGGUGAGAUUUCUAUUAAAGACAAAGAGAAUGUCUACAGAAUAUAUUGGAAAUCUUAGAGUUACAGCAUAAAGUAUUGUCAGUGAAACCAAGUGCAAAUGUCAGCACAAUAUGGCAUUUAUUGAAAGCCUGAAGAAUGAGAAACGGUUUUAGUAACGACAGGUUUCCUUACAGCAGGGACCUUGCUUCCUGGCCACAUGGUUCUGGGUUCAGUCCCACUGUGUGGCACCUUGGGCAAGUGUUUUCUGCUUUAGCUUUGGAUUGACCAAAGCCUUGUGAGUGGAUUUGGUUGACAGAAACUGAAAGAAACCUGUCAUA